AUGGAGUGCGACAUAUGCCAGCGCGGCCACCAUCCGAAGCGCCUUCCCUUUCUCUGUGCCGUCGAUGCCCGCAACCAGGCUUACGAGGAUCGCAUCAAGCAUCUCCAAGUCCUCAUCGACAAUGAUGAUCUCCGUCGACGAAUCCAGAAUAUGUUGUCCGACAAAUCUGAACAGCAGCAGCAGCAGCAGCAGCCGAGUAGUAACAACACAAAUAUCAUUAGCACUACUAGUGCUAGCGCCGCCGAUGCCUUGGAAAGGGCUCGUGGACAGCAAUUCAUGGCUGAAGAGCGGACGACACGAAUUCUCGAGGCGGCCGACAAGCUAAAGAGCGACAUUAAGUCGGCUCGCGACGAGGUCCAGGCGAGGAAAGCCGACCUCGCCCGCCGACGGUCCGACCUGGCCAGCAUCUCGAGUGGCCUCAAGGAGCGACGCGCCCAGCAGCAACGAGAUGUCGAGGUGAAGAUAAAGAUUACCAGGUUCCGCUGGUCCCAGAGCGCCGAGGAGAUGGCGUCGACGCGCGCGUUCCUCUGCCAGGAGGCCGCUGGUCUUUACGGUCUCAGUCGCACGCCCAGACCCGGCUCCAAGGGAAAGUUUGAGUACCAGAUCGGCAGGGUUCCGGUCGUAAAUCUCAUGGAUAUGAAUUCACUCUCACCAGAGCUCAUUACAACUUCUCUAGGCCACAUCACACGCGUCGUAAUACUAGCAUCAUACUACCUCUCCAUUCGCCUACCAGCAGAGAUCACCAGCCCCCACCGCGACUAUCCAUAUCCCACCAUCCUCAACCUCUCCAGCUCCUACAGGUACCCAAACCUCCCCUUUCCGGGUACUGGACCCUCCGCCUCCUCACCACCCUCACCGUCCGACCCAUCGGCGCGCCAUCUCCCCAAACCCCGGCCCCUGUACAUCCACAAGCCCCUCACGCAGCUUCUCAAGGACGACCCAGCCGCCUACUCUCACUUUAUCGAAGCAGUCACACUGCUGGCCUACGAUAUUUCCUGGCUCUGCAGCUCCCAGGGCACCACUUUCAGCGGCAAGACGUCCUUCGAAGACAUCUGCCAGAUAGGACGAAACUUGUACAACCUUCUCAUGAUGCCCUUUGACGCCAACCAGCCCGAGAGCCAGUCCAAGGCUGAGACGGACGAGAAAGACAGGCACAACCCAAUGUGGGUAGGCCGCUACUCUCAUGGAACAAUGUUUUACUUCUUGGGCGGGGCAGAGGGCGCAGACCUCAUCCGCAACUUCAACCUGCCCAGCCCCACCAAGCUAGCCGACAAGCUCAAGAAGAAAUUAGUGGGCGACGUACCCGCUCCGGACUGGGAGGUUCUCGACGACGACGCCUGGAAGAUUGAGGACAUACCUUCCGAGAUCAUAGGGCAGAACCAGUCGACAUCGGCGGUAGCAACGUCAAAACCCCGGGAGAAGAAGAAGUCGUCCUCGUCACAAUCUACCGCCAAAGGCUCAAGUAGAUGGACCAUGGUCAGGCUGUGA